AUGGCCGCUCGCGCUCUCUCCCGCGCGGCAUCACGCCGCGCUCUCGCAUCAGCGACACGGCCACAGUUGAGCUACGCCACAGCACGUUCCGCUACUGCUACCGCUGUGGUUGCCCGCCGCUUCAACUCGACAACCUCCACUCUCAAGCCAUUCACCCUUCCAGCUGGUAGCCUGCGUGCGCACAAUGGUGCUCGCUCGACCAUCACCCAUGAGAUUGAGAACCUCUCGUCGUCACUCGUGGGCCAGCCCAUUGUAGUUGCGGGCUGGAUCGAGGCCGCUCGUCGCGCCAACGACAAGCUUUCGUUCAUCGUGCUCCGUUCAUCGGCAGGCAGCGUCCAACUGGUCGUCCGUGACCCCGCACUGGCGACUGAGAUGCUCUCGUGGCCCCUCGAGAGUGUUAUUCAGAUUGACGGCAACGUUAUUGAGCGCAAGGCCAAGGGCAAGUCGUCGUCCUCACCCACCGAUGACAUCGAGGUUGAGGUCUCGCGCGCUGUCCUCCUCAACCCGGCCGAGUCCCUUCCCUUCCUCCCCACCCGCACUCCUCUGGCCAACGAGGACCUGCGCGCAGCCCACAGGUAUCUUGACCUCCGCCGCCCCGAGCUCGCCAACAACCUGCGUACGCGCUCCAAGGUUACCCACCUCAUCAGGUGUCACCUGCACGACCUUGGCUUCACAGAGGUCGAGACACCCGUGCUGCUCAACUCGUCGCCCGAAGGUGCGCGCGAGUUCCUCGUCCCCACGCGCGUCUCGUCUGGUGCCCAGCCUGCAUUCUAUGCCCUUCCCCAGUCGCCUCAGCAGCCCAAGCAGCUCCUUGUGGCCUCGGGUGCUGUACCCCGCUAUUUCCAGUUGGCCCGCUGCUUCCGUGACGAGGACGGCCGCAAGGACCGCCAGCCCGAGUUUACGCAGGUUGACCUCGAGAUGGCCUUUGUCGACGGUGCCGCACAGCCUACUGCCGAGCUUCCGGCUUCCGGUUCUGCUCCUUGGCUGAUGGGCGGUGGUCAGGUGCGGGACGUGAUCGAGUCGCUGGUCCAGAAGAUCUGGAAGGACGUCAAGGGUGUCGACCUGCAGCGUCCUUUCCGCGUCAUGCCCUAUGAGAUUGCAAUGGACGUCUUUGGAUCCGACAAGCCCGACACUCGCUUCGAAAUGUACACUCUCCCCAUCGGCUACUACCCGACCCUUUCUGAUGCGAGCCUCGACAAGGUCCUCGUGGACGAGAAUGCCAGCACCGUCGAGUGGAUGGUCACCCCGGCGGCCAUUGCCGAGGGUCUUGACGUCAACGCGUUUGCGACCCAGACUAUUGACUAUGUCCGCAUCACCGAGAAGAACCAGUACUCGUGGCUCGCAGAGUCGGUCCUCACCUUGCCACUCGGCCUCAAGCUCGACUCGAGCCUUCCCGGCGGCGUUCAGCCCGGCGACAUUGUCUGGCUCUCGCGCCGGCCCAAGAUUGCCGAGGGCGGAUGGACAAACCUCGGCAGGCUGAGGGUGCAGAUCAUGGAGGACCGCGUCGACAAGGGACUCGUGACUCUUCCCUCUGAACCGCAUUUCCUCUGGGUGACGGGUUUCCCCCUGUUUACAAAGGCCGACGAGGACAAGGACUUCCUCUCUCGUGGCCGCUGGGCAUCCACGCACCACCCGUUCACCGCGCCCGUGGCGGAAGACCUGGCGGAAUUGGAACGCGGCGAGGUCGCCCGCGUCCGUGGCCAGCACUACGACCUGGUCCUGGAUGGCCAGGAGAUUGGCGGUGGCAGCGUGCGUAUUCACGACGCAAAGCUGCAAGAGUAUGUCAUGCGCGAGGUUCUCCAGCUCGACGACCAGGAGGUCGACCGCUUUAGCCACCUGUUGCAGGCGCUCAAGUGCGGUGCUCCUCCCCAUGGCGGUAUUGCCCUCGGCUUUGACCGGCUCAUCGCCAUCCUGUGCGGCGCAAAGUCCAUCCGCGACGUCAUUGCCUUCCCCAAGACUGGUGGCGGUGCUGACCCCGUCUUCCGCUCGCCUAGUGCAAGCAACGACGACGUGUUGGCAGAGUAUGGCAUCAAGCCCAGGGCAGAGGCCCCAGCUCCCGCUCCGGCUGCUGAGGCUGCUGAGACUGAGGCCCUUGCCGCCGACGACAAGUAG